UAGUCUCUCCAGCUGGGCCUAGCCCUGAAAAAUCCACAACUGAUGUAAAACCAGAUUCCACAAACCCAGAUGCAGACAACUAGAGGAAGAAAAAAUGUCUGAGAAAAAAUCUUUACAGAAACCCAACGGCACCAAGAAAUCCAUGAGCCCAGUGAAGAACUCGCUUCAGGUCAAAGAAGAGGAGAGUGAAUAUUCUAAAAGCUAUUCCCAAAAGAUUUCUCUCUUGGAGAUAAACCCCUCAAUGAUGGAUGGACAUGGAUUACAGAUUGUUCCACCAAAGGACACACACCCCCUGCUUGUCCUGCUCAAUCCUAAAAGUGGGGGAAGACAAGGAGAAAGACUCCUUCGGAAAUUCCAAUAUCUGCUCAACCCCAGACAAGUUUACAACCUGGAGCAAUGGGGGCCUAUUCCAGGAUUGAAUUUUUUCCGUGGCGUGCCAAAUUUCCGUGUGCUUGUUUGUGGAGGAGAUGGGACUAUAGGUUGGGUACUGGAUUGUAUCGAUAAAAUUAAUUUUGUCAAACAUCCAAAAGUGGCAAUCCUGCCUCUUGGAACAGGAAAUGACCUUUCCAGGUGUCUCCGUUGGGGAAGAGGUUACGAAGGUGGCAAUUUGAUGAGACUGCUAAAGGACAUUGAGCAAAGUUCCGAGGUGAUGCUGGAUCGGUGGCAACUUGAAAUCAUCCCCAAAGACAAGGACAGUAAAGGGGACCCUCUUCCACACUGCGUGUUCAAUAACUAUUUCUCUAUUGGUGUGGAUGCCUCCAUUGCCCACAAAUUCCACCUCAUGCGAGAGAAAUACCCUGAAAAAUUCACGAGCAGGAUGAAGAAUAGGCUGUGGUACUUUGAAUUUGGCACAACAGAAACCUUUGCUUCAACCUGCAAAAAGCUGCAUACCUUCAUAGAGGUGGAGUGUGACGGCAUCACCCUGGACCUCGGGGGUACCUUGCUUGAGAGCAUCGCCAUACUCAACAUCCCCAGUGCAUAUGGAGGCACCAACCUCUGGGGAGAGGACAAGAGGCAGCGGGGCAUGUCCCUAGAAGAGAAGAAGAGUUCAGGGAACUCUCGGAGAACAACGAUCACGGACCCCAAGGAGCUGAAGUUCUGUAUCCAAGACUUCAGUGAUCAUCUUCUAGAAGUGGUGGGACUGGAGGGAGCCAUGGAGAUGGGGCAAAUCUACACUGGACUGAAGAAUGCUGGGAAGAGGCUGGCUCAGUGCACCUCUGUUACCAUCAGGACAACCAAGAUGUUGCCUAUGCAAGUGGAUGGGGAGCCCUGGCUGCAGGCACCCUGCACGGCUAAAAUCACCCACAAAAACCAAGUGCCCAUGUUGCUGGGGCCACCUCCGAAGCCUAGCUUCUUCUUCCUCAAGAAGCAAUGUGACCGGGACUUCUGAAGGGAGUGCCAGAGGCCUCAAGCCAACCCAGGAGAUUUGGAAACUGAGGUCCAGAGACAUCAUAGCCUCCUAGACUUGGAAAUGGAACUCCAACUCCCUUAUUUCAUAAAAGAGCCAAGUGAGGCCCAAGGCCACCAAGUGAGUUAUUAGAACCAGGAUUCAAACUCCCAAGUGUUCCGCCACCAAGUCCAGUCUACCUCCCACUGUACUAAAGUUGACUGCUCUGAGGUCACCCUCCCUACACUUAACAUUUGCAAGAUGACUCCCCUCCAGAUGUUUUAUCACCCAGAUUAAAGAGAUCUUUUUGAGGAACAGGAAAGGCUGGUGGGGUGAGGAGACUGUGAAGUACGCGCUACGGAGCAAUCCUGGAUUUAAAAGAAAAUUGCUGAAGUGAGCUUCAUUUUGAGGAGAAGCAGGCCUUGACUGAAACGGGGAGCAGUGGGCCUGUUGUACAUGGCGUGAAUUAGAAUCUCGAGGCUUCCAGAUUCAAAGAAACCUCGGAGAAUAUUUAAUCUAACAUAGCUGAACUGGAAUUAAUUCUUCAAUAAAUGGUCAUUCAAACCCUGCUUGAAAACCUUGGGCAAUGGAAAGCUCAUUCCCUACCCCCGAGACACUCAACUCCAUUUUUGGAUAGCUGUCACCAUUAGGAAGUUUUUCCUUACUUCAAGCCAAAAUCUGCCCUUUUUCUACUCCUACUCAUUGCUCUAGCUUCUGACUUCUCGUGCCAAGGAAAACAAAUCUAAGCAUGAUGGCUCUUAAAAUACUUGCAGACAACUAUUAUCUUCCCACCAAGACCACUCCCAAAUCUUCUCUUGUCAAGACUGAACAUCCCCAGUUCUUCAAAAGGUUCUUUCUUGGGCAUGCCCACCAGUGCCCUCACCAAGCUGGUUUCCCUUCUCCUGGUGUACACUCUACCUUGUCAAUGUCCUUCCUUCAGUUUGGCUCCCAGAACUGACCCCAGUGCUCCGUUCAUAGACUGACCACUGCAGAAUACUGCAUGCAGGAGUCUCACCUCACUCAUUUUGGGCAUUAUACCCUCUCUUCAUGAAGCUUAGUAUGGCAUUCCAGUUUCCGGCUGCCAUGUUGUAUUGUUGACUUAAUGUUGAACUUGCAGUACAUGAAAACUUACAGACUAAUUGCAGCUGGUCAUUCAAUUAUUUGAGCCCAAAUGAGCUUAGAUUAAACAAAAAAAUGUGUCCUGAUUAAAUUUCCUCUUAUUAGAUUCCAUGUGUUAUUCCAUGCUAACAGUAUCUUUUUGGAUACUUACUGUCACAUCCAAUGGAUUGCCGAACCCUCCCAAAUCUGUGUUACUCAUCAGUUUGAAAAGCAUUCGAUCCAAGACAUUGAUAAAAAAAAAAUGUUUAACCCCAUGGUUAAACUCCAAUUCCUGGAAAGAAUUUGAAAACAUAUUUUUGCACACAGUUGUCUGCAAGCACUUAGAAAAAGGAAGUAGGGAUCAUUGUGAGCUAGCAUGGGUUCAUUAGGGCUAUCAUGUAAAUCUGGCCUUAUUAUUUCUCUUGACAAUGUGAAUAGCGUGGUAGGUUAAGAGGAUGCCAAUGAAAGGCUGUACCUGGAUGUUAACAAGGUAUCUGACAAUUGUUCAGUUGUUUCAGGUGUGUCUGACUCUUGGUGACCUCAUUUGGGGUUUCCUUGGCAAAGAUACU